AUGAUCAUCACAAAGAGAGAGCGAGCGAAGGGCCCGCAAGGAGAGCGCGAGCGAAGGGCCCGCAAGGAGAGCGCGAGCGAAGGGCCCGCAAGGAGAGCGCGAGCGAAGGGCCCGCAAGGAGAGCGCGAGCGAAGGGCCCGCAAUGAUCGAGAGCGCGAGCGAAGGGCUCGCAAUGAUCGAGAGCGCGAGCGAAGGGCUCGCAAUGAUCGAGAGCGCGAGCGAAGGGCGCGCAAUGUUCGAGAGCGCGAGCGAAGGGCCCGCAAACAGAGCGCGAGCGAAGGGCCCGCAAACAGAGCGCGAGCGAAGGGCCCGCAAACAGAGCGCGAGCGAAGGGCCCGCAAACAGAGCGCGAGCGAAGGGCCCGCAAACAGAGCGCGAGCGAAGGGCCCGCAAACAGAGCGCGAGCGAAGGGCCCGCAAACAGAGCGCGAGCGAAGGGCCCGCAAACAGAGCGCGAGCGAAGGGCCCGCAAACAGAGCGCGAGCGAAGGGCCCGCAAACAGAGCGCGAGCGAAGGGCCCGCAAACAGAGCGCGAGCGAAGGGCCCGCAAACAGAGCGCGAGCGAAGGGCCCGCAAACAGAGCGCGAGCGAAGGGCCCGCAAACAGAGCGCGAGCGAAGGGCCCGCAAACAGAGCGCGAGCGAAGGGCCCGCAAACAGAGCGCGAGCGAAGGGCCCGCAAACAGAGCGCGAGCGAAGGGCCCGCAAACAGAGCGCGAGCGAAGGGCCCGCAAUGAUCGAGAGCGCGAGCGAAGGGCCCGCAAACAGAGCGCGAGCGAAGGGCCGGCAAACAGAGCGCGAGCGAAGGGCCCGCAAACAGAGCGCGAGCGAAGGGCCCGCAAACAGAGCGCGAGCGAAGGGCCCGCAAACAGCGCGCGAGCGAAGGGCCCGCAAACAGAGCGCGAGCGAAGGGCCUGCAAUGAUCGAGAGCGCGAGCGAAGGGUCCGCAAUGAUCGAGAGCGCGAACGAAGAGCCCGCAAUGAUCGAGAGCGCGAACGAAGAGCCCGCAAUGAUCGAGAGCGCGAACGAAGAGCCCGCAAUGAUCGAGAGCGCGAACGAAGAGCCCGCAAACAGCGCGAGCGAAGGGCCCGCAAUGAUCGAGAGCGCGAACGAAGAGCCCGCAAUGAUCGAGAGCACUAG